AUUCCGGCGCCGUAUGGGGGAGCAUGCACCAAUUGUGCCAAGGCGAAAUGCAGGUGUACGUACCGGGCGGGUGAAGACACCCAAAGGUGUUAUCGGCUGGGGAAACAGUGCACUUUACAGGUAUCGGCGCGCAGGUGGAACGACAGGCAGACCAACAGCUCGCGCAUAGCACACUUGGAGCAGAAGGUUGAGGAUCUCCUUGGGCUGCUGAAGAGCCAGACAGCUGCUGGGCUGGCCCGACCAUCUGCCGAGCCCGGUUACAGCCCUGGCCCUGGACGUGAUGUUAUCACGACCUUCUCCAGCGCUAGCUCCACAGCACACAGUCUUGGCAGUCUUGGAGAGGCGCCAUCAGAAGAGGGUGGUGUGCAGGACCAAGAUGACCUCGCUCAGAGCCUCCCGCCCAAUGGAUAUCUCAACCGUCCUCCCUUCCUAUCAGAGAAGGUGCCAGCAUCUUUGCGUUUUGGUGCAGUCCCGGCAAAGGCUUCGCAAGGCCAGAGCAGAGCCGCAAUUUUGACAGAACGCUUGACGCCGGACGAGGCUGAACAAAACCUUGUAGAGUUCCGGGCCCACUACGGUUCUGCCUGUCCGUUCGUCUACCUGCCCCCCGAGGUGACAUCGCAGCAGCUUCUUGAGGAAAAGCCCUUCACGUGGCUCAACAUCAUGGCCGUGACGACCAAGUCACUUCGUCAACAGCAGCUGAUGCAUGGCGCGGUCAGGCAACAGCUCGCAGAUGAGAUGGUGUUGGCGAACGAGAAGAGCAUAGAUCUGCUCUACGGUCUCUUGAUUUAUAUAUCAUGGUCACACACACAUCGAGGGACCAAACCACAUCUCACCCUGAUGGGCACCCUUGUCCAGUCGCUUGUCUACGACCUCGUGCUACAUAAACCACUAGCCGAAUCCUCGAAUGUCACCUUCUUCACGAAUUACGCCUGUGCCGAACCACCAGAAAAGGAUCGUGCUGAGGCCAACCGAGCUAUCCUCGGGGCAUAUCUGAUCACAUCCAUAGUGGCCACGAGCCACAAACGGCUUGAGCCUCUGAGAUGGACCCCGUUUCUUGACGAGUGCCUUGAGAGCCUCUCACAAGAGCCCGAGUGGGUUGGAGACCAGAGUCUGGUGCUUCUGGUGAAGUACCAGCUCGUCAUUGACCAGAUGUGUGGUGACAAGGCAGACCAGGCACCACAGCACCCGCAGUCCAGAGGAGCAGCACCUCCAACCUUUUAUAUUGAUGCUUUGCGGGCACAUGUCCAGAAUAUUGGGCGUCAGACUCCCGUAGAGCUCGAGUCCGAAGAAAACGUCCUAAGCUCCUCCCUUUACGCCGAACUCGUCAUAAACGAAAGUGCCAUUCACCCGACUACUGAUACUACCACGGCCACCCCCACGCAAAGCCCAGACCUACAGCGCCACGCUCUCCUCGCUUCUGAGCUCUCCAUCGUCCGUCGCUGGCUCGACAUGUUCUUCGCCAUCACGCCAUCCCGCUACUGGGCGCUUGGAUUCUCCUUCUGGAGCCAGCUUGCGCACAUGCUCAUUGUGCUGUUUCGCCUCACCGUACGCGUCGACCCGGCAUGGGAUCCUGCAGCCGUACACGCGGCGCUGGAUAUCUCGGUCGUGUGUGACAGGCUGGCGGGAGGAUUUGCCGAGGCAUCGGCCGCUCGAUGGCAUGAUGAGGGCGAGGACAACGAGGAUGACGUCCCGAUGGAUUUCUUCGCCAAAUGUCAUCAGUGGAUUCUUCGGCUGCGAGAGCGGUGGCUGGCCGAGAUCGAGGCUGUGAAUGUUCGGAAGGGUGGCGGAGAAAGCGUCAGGGCCAAUGGGGAAGACUAUGGCGCCACCUUGAUCGACGCUGAAGAGGUGGACUUUGAUGACGGCACGGCUGCGAGUUCCUUGGCGAUGUCGCUCUUUGCUCAGCCUGGAGGCCCCUGGCUGACAGACGUGUUCACGUCGUCGUGGGACUAG